AUGAUUGGGUUUGUGGAGAUAUUGCCAGCUGAAUGGGAGUCCAAAUGGAGGUUGAUGAUGAUGAGAUCUACUCAUGAUUUUCAGGUAGAAGAAGAUUACGGAACAUCGAAGCUCGAACGACAAUUUGCUGAGCUGGCCAGCAAAUCAGAUCUUGAACCUCUUCUUCUUGUGACUCAAGGGAUGAUGCGUUUCCUACCGUCCAAUCGCUUGACUGCAGAGAACGCACUUAAUAUGCUGGCCAACGUUGAGAAUUAA